UCGCUACACGAUCUUUGUUUGUACUGUAUUUGUUUUCUCCUGUAAACGUCGCAAAUAGGGGCCUAGUUGGUAUCGAUGAUACUUACUGGUGUUUAUUUCAUGAUUAGUCAGUUCUAUAUAUUGAUGUUAGCUUUCAAAUAGAGGUAUUAUUGUCUAUAAAUCCUAACAUACUUAGUUGAGGGUCUUAAUUUUCGAGGUCUGAUACAGUAUUUCGAGUGGAUUUGAUAUCUCGUAAUCUUAGGUCUAGGUCUUACUUAGCUUUCGUUGGUAGGUAGGCCUAGGUAGCUCUGAGCUUUCAGGACACCCCCUGUUUGUGUCUCAAUCAAUCAAUCUGUGAGUCGUGACGAUUUACUGGCAUAGCAUAGCGCUGGACGUUUUUUUUUUGUUUUUUUUUUACCAUGUCAAAUAUAUUAAUCUAUAACCUAAUUUUCAACUUAUCAAUAAAUUUAAUGAUAUAUUGCUCCAGGCCUGGAAGCUGUAUGAGCUUACCUACUAGGCAGUAGGCCUAGAUGGAAAAUGCUUGAGGAGGGCUUCACAUGGCAGUGGUGAAACAGCCUGAUGAUUUCAAAGCACGCUUUAAUAAUCAAUUUCAGAAAUAAUGACCAUGAUAUCACUGUAUGGUUAUCUUACCAAUGGACAUCAUAUUUUUUUUUUUCUACAGAUUAAAAAUGACAAGAAAUCAAUCUGACUCAUUGCCACCAAAGGAAAAAGAUAUACAGAAUACGUCCAAGCUUGGUUCGCCUAUAUCAUCACCACCAAACUACCACAGUACUUCUAAAGUUAAAGAGAAUUUUUCUGCCUCUGAAACUGCACAUAGAUCGAAAGAAGAAUUCACACGUGAAUCAAAAGAUGAGACACAAAGUCGCAGUGCUUUACUAUGUAAGACUGCAGACCCGUUGAGUAAAGCUACCUCUGUUGUACGAGCAUCACUGAGUCUUGAACUGAAGACUGUUACCGACCACAACGACUUAAAGUUGUCCCAUGAGAGUGCUUCGCAGAAGGAUAAUUCCAGUCUGCAAUUAGAAUUGCACAUACUCCCUUCACUUAAGAGUCUUUCAAUAGAAUGGGAAGAUGCCUGUAAAAGUAGUGAAGUGACUGAAUUCCAGACCCAACAACAAGAGGAGUUGGAACAUACCAAACUACACCUCAGCCAUAAAAUUAGCCUUAAAGAAUCCCAUCAGAGAUGUGACAGUCUUUCAAAUGAUGCAGAGCAACUUGAACAUAACAAGCAGCAGUGUACAUCCCUUAGCACCUGCUUGAAAGAAUCUCAGCAAAAAUCUGAAAGCCUACAGCAUGAAGACAAAAUUGCUGAACAGCAGGCCAAGUUGCUGCAGACUGAGAAUGAUCGCUUAAAAGAUGAGCCGAGUUCAGUAAGGUCUGAAAAGGAGAAAGUAUCAAAAGAUCUUGUAGAGCUGACACAGCAACUUCAACUUAGCAAGCAAGAGUGUACAUCCCUUAGCACCAGCUUGAAAGAAUCUCAGCAAAAAUCUGAAAGCCUACAGCAUGAAGUCAAAUCUGCUGAACAGCAGGCCAAUUUGCGGCAGACUGAGAAUGAUCGCUUAAAAGAUGAGCCGAGUUCAGUAAGGUCUGAAAAGGAGAAAGUAUCAAAAGAUCUUGUAGAGCUGACACAGCAACUUCAACUUAGCAAGCAAGAGUGUACAUCCCUUAGCACCAGCUUGAAAGAAUCUCAGCAAAAAUCUGACAGCCUACAGCAUGAAGUCAAUUUGCUGCAGACUGAGAAUGAUCACUUAAAAAAUGAGCUGAGUACAGUAAGGUCUGAAAAGGAAUCUUUGGCUGCAGUAAAAAUUAGCUCUGAAGAGGAGGUGGAGCAAAAGGACCAAACUAUUAGAGAAGGUGAUGAAAAAAUGAAAGUCAUUUCACAAAAGGUGGAUGCUGUGCAGUCUGAAGUCACUAAGAAACUAAGUGCUGUGGAAGAACGGCAGAGGGAUUCUGAGAAAGAAAUUGUUAAUUUAAAGGAGAAGUUAGUUUUUUUUUUCUUUUUCUUUUUUUUAUUGGCCGUUACAAUUCAAUGUAUUACAGAUAAAGUUUCUUUUAAAAUCUUGAAAACCUUGCAAUUUGUAUUUAAAACAAGCUUGUGAUGCCUUGCAAGACUGGCCAACACACUCAAAAAGCUAAAGCCUUGUCCAGACUAAAAUUUUACUUGACGAACACAUGUUACAUAUGGUCAUGAUGACAUCACAUCAUGACCAUAUAUAGGCGUACAAAAGUUUUUGGUCAAAUAAAAUUUGAUAGUCUGGACAGGGUUUAAGGUAUUACUUAUUUUGUAAAAAUAUAUUCU